AUGACCAUUACCAUCACCAUCACCGUUACCGUCACUAUUAUCGUGAUCGUGAUCAUGACUGUUACCGUCACUAUUAUCGUGAUCGUUAUUGUGACUGUUACCGUCAUCGUUAUCUUUAGUGUCAUCACCAUAACCUUUACCGUCACCGUAACUGUGACCAUCACCAUUACCAUCAUCCUCACCGUUACCAUCACCGUUACAGUCACUGUCAUCGUCAUCGUCAUCGUUACCAUCACAAUGACUGUGACCAUUAUCGCCACUGUCACCGUUAUCGUCACUGUUACCGUGAUCGUUACCAUCACUAUUACCGUGACUGUUACCAUCACCAUGACUGUGACCGUUACUGCCAUCCUCAUCGUCACCAUGAACCUUAUCUUUAAUGUCAUCGACACUGUAACCGUGACCGUGACCGUUACCGUCACCAUCACCGUCACCGUUAUCAUCAUCGUUGUUGUUACCAUUAUCGUGACCAUUACCAUUACGGUUACCAUCAUAGUUACUAUGACUGUUACUGUUAUCAUUACUAUGACCGACAUUGUUACCACCAUCGUCACUGCAACUGUUACCAUAACUGUUAUCUUAAUUGUUACCGUAACCGCUACUGUAACGGUUACAGUCACCGCUACCGUUACCGUCACUAUUACCUUCACCAUUUCCGUAACUAUGACUGUGACCGUUACCGUUACGAUUACCAUUACUGUGACCAUGAUCGUGAUAGUGAUCAUAGUCGUGACCGUUAUCGUAAGCAUCACUGGGACUAUUACCACAACUAUCACCAUCACCGUCACCGUUACCAUUACGGUCACCGUCAUAGCUGUACCGUGA